UAUUCCCGCCGGGUGUAUUCCCAUCUGUUCCCAGUGUCCAUGGGGUCCCACGGGCAUCUCCCACCCCGUGACGCCACGUAAGUCGACCGAUCCUUCCCUCCCCCUGCGUAUCCCCUCCAUUCGAGCGCGACGACCCUCCAACGGCCCCUAUUCAAAGUCUUCGUCCGGCGUCUGUCGGCAGUCAGUCGCGGGGCAUCCGUCGUGGAGCGCGUGUUACUCGCGCCGUCGUUUCGAGCCGUCGUCUUCGGGAGACGGGCAUCCCCCUUCCCGUCCCAUCCUUCGAAAGACAAAGAGAUUUUCGACGAAUUAUUUUCGAGUACGAAAAUUCGAGGAGGAAGACGCCUCUUCUCAUCUUCCAUCUUAUUGUUGUCGAAAUAAGGUGGUUCUCGCGUGUGUUUCUCGUGUAUUUCUACGGUUAAGGUAAUAAUAGAAGGUGCAACAGGUUACAGAUUAUAAAUAUUUUCGGUAUUUGUCGAUGUAUUAUCGUAUCGACUGUCUCAGAAUUCCGAGAAUUCCGUGCGAGGUCUUUGAACAUUCAUUUCUGUGAAUUGUGACGGAUUGUGCAGUUUUUAUGGCCAUUACACUCGGCGAGGAACACUGUUGGACAUUGUUUAUAAAAGGGAUUUUCGACUUCGAGGGAAUUCGGUUCAGUGCGAUUCGAGGAAGAAGGAUAAUAAGGAUUCGAUCUAGAAUAUUCCAUCUAUAUAGACAGAGAUAGAUAGAAAAUAGAAGAUUUCGAACAUUCGAAAUUAAUCGUGAUACAUUAUAUUGCUUCUCUCCUCCUCGAGUCGUAAAUUAAAACACAAGCUGCCCCCGAAAUAAUCCCGAUUAUUUUUAUCUCGCGUAUCGUGCAUUACUCGAGGCGAGGAAGAAAGAUAGGGGAAAAGAGGAAGAAACGAGGAGAGAAAAAAGUGGAAGAACUCGGAGUAGAGAUCAGGGGUGGGAGGAAUCGAGAAGGAACAGUGGGGAAAAAAAUAAAAAUCUUCGAGGUUGUCUCGAAGGCCGGGCUACCUGGCACCUGGUAUAAUCGGGAGAGAAGAAAGUUCGUCUGGGUUCUUCUACAUCCGGUUUUCGAGACCGUUUAGUUGCCUACAUUUCUUGAUAUACAAGAAAAUAUAUCGCCCUUGAAGAAUUUCUGUAUCGUCGUAUUUUUCUCUCGCGGAAUUUUUUUCGGAUAAAACAUAUAUACGCUGGAAGAGCGUGGGGGAGGGUGGAAGAGGUAAGAAGAAGCGGAAUGCCGGCUCGUUAAUGAUCUUCGCGCGCCUCUUCGCGGUGGAAACGGAAGGAAUGAGAGGCGCCGCGGGUGAAGUUCCUUGGUGCCGAUUGAAUGGAGUUACUUCGAAGAGGUUUUGACUGUCUCUCGUGCCGACCGACUCGUCCCUCUAGAAACGCAGCAUCGUUGCACAUCCGCGUGAGUGGAGUUGGAUCUACAAAAGCAGCGUGUCCCGAUCGAUACGCAGCUAGUCGAUCAGUAUGAUGUUGCAGAACUGUAGCGGCGGUGGAUCCAGGUGCGCCAGACGCGCUCUGAUAUUUGUGUUUGCCUGGGGUCUGGUAAUGAUCGCAGCUGUACAAUUCCGUCACGUGGAGAACAAUCUUAGAGAGACACCAACGGCUGAGGAUUCCACUAACGAAUUGUUGAUCGACGACAUCUACAGUCGACAUGAAACACUGAAUAAUCAUGGAUCUUCGAGUCUUGGUCUAUCCAGAUACCUGUUGCAAAGAUCCUCAGCAGACUCCAGUUUCUCGAAUUCUGGUGGUUCAAGCCUUCUAACCACUUUGACCACUAUAUCCAACAAUUCGACCAGAAAUCCUUUAGAUUUAGAGCCACUAUUAGACAAAAGACCUGCGAAAACAGAGGAAGAAUUAAUUCAAGAAAUAGAACAGAGAUUACCUAGUCUUCCUUUAUCUUAUUGGAAUAAAAAUAGCAAGUAUUCUGGUAAUCAGGGCAAGAUUAAAGGCAAUAAUAGUUGUUCCAAUUUAAAAUAUCCCUCUAUCUAUGAUAUAGAAUUCAAUAAUGUUUACUGGCAAACAAUGAGGACCAGUAAUGGUACCUUUCAAUUAUUUGGUGCUUUUUAUGACCAUAGAAAAUUAUCUAGAAUAGGCCCAGCAAUUAGAAUUGUUGGAAUGAUUGACAGAAUUGAACCUAUUGUAAAAACUCAUUGUCAGUUAUGGUAUGAUGGGGAAAGGGAACCCAAGAUUGUUGAAACUUUAGAAUACAAAUAUAUUUGGUAUCCUAAAUGGGGCAACUAUAAACAGGGAAUUUAUCAGCCUUAUGUAAUUGCCUGCAAAAUCCCACAAACUCAUUGGUUGAAGGGACCCCCAGCCUCAGUUUCUAUGGUAGAAAAGUCAUGUGAAACUCCCAGCAAUAAUCUUAGAGUGAUAUACAAUAAGCCUGAAUAUAAAAAAGAUUUUGCUGUUUGUGUAAAAGGAUUAGAUUUUCUUCAUGAAGAUCUAUCUGUCAGAUUGGUUGAAUGGAUAGAGUUAAUUACUCUAUUAGGUGCAGACAAAAUCUUCUUCUACCAGUUACAGGUUCAUCCUAAUGUGACCAAAAUUCUGGAUUAUUAUCAGAAGCUAGGUAAAGUUCAUGUUACUCCAUUAACUCUUCCUGGUGGACAACCUAAUGUGCCUGCCUUCCAACACAUGUAUCUGACUAAAAAGACCAAUCAUAAGAGACAGAAUGAACUGAUUCCUUAUAAUGAUUGUUUAUAUAAACAUAUGUAUGAGUAUGAAUAUAUAGCUCUGUUAGAUGUAGAUGAAGUAAUAAUGCCAGUGAAAGAUGGUACAUGGCAGAAUUUGAUGAAAAGAGUAUUGACAAAAGCAUUUAAGAUUAGAAAUGAGACAAGAGCCUCAUAUAAUGUGAGAAACGUAUAUUUCCUAGAUGAUUUGCUGCAUUCUCAUGGAUAUUUCAAAAAUAUACCAAAGUAUAUGCACAUGUUGCAGCAUGUUUAUCGCUCGAAGAACUUUACCAAACCUAAUCAAUACAUCAAGUGCUUCCAUAAUCCGGAAAGGGUGGUAACCUUGCACAAUCACUUUCCUUUAGCUUGUUUGGGCGCUGGAUGCACCAGUUAUCCUAUAGAGACCGAAGAUGCUCAACUUCAGCAUUAUCGGGCCGAUUGCGUGAAAUCGUUGAGAAAAACUUGCGUCGAGUAUCGAGAAAACAGCGUGUUGGACACUACGAUAUGGCGAUACAGAGACCAAUUAAUCGAAAGGGUCACCAGGACGUUGGAAACUCUUGGUUUUUUUGGACCAAGCUAGCGCAAACAAGAUAGAACGAGUCUUUGUGCUAUUGACGACGAAGCUUGAAAUCGUUUAGAAUCAUUUCCUUCGUUCGUCUCGUUUCCCUUUUCAUUGAAGUUUUUCAAGAUUGCUACUUGAAUAGUUGUUGGAAAGCGUAUGCUUCGUGGAUAAAGGAUUUUUAUAAAAUUGAAUAUCUUAUUUUUUUUUUCUUUCUACUAUAUUUUCUAAAACCUUAAAAGGAUCUAUUACAAAAAUUUAUUAUAAAAAUAAUCUUUCUAUAAAGGUAUUAUAUAUUUUUUUUUUUAUAAUAAUGAUAUUUUGCAGUUUCUUAAAAAUUAUACAAUAUAUAUUUUGAUUUUACAAUUAAUUAAAUAUAAAUGGCGAUCCUUGAAUGGAAAGCGCGAAGCAUUCAUUCGUUGACCAACACAUUCGAGGACGAAAUGGCUGUGUAAUCGGAUGGAAUAUACGACAACGAUUAGAAUAAAGCGUAGAAUAAGGAUAGCGUUAACGAUUUUUCAAUUUGUGCCACUAGAUGAAGAAACGUAUUCGCGAAUUGUAAAUUGAAUGCUGUCUUUGCUCAAC